GUCCCCGCCCGCCCUAGGAUCUCCCAACUCGCGCUGCGCGCUCUUUCUCCGACAGCUGCUCCGGGAGCCCAGCGCGCAGUGCUGUACAGUGCCUUGUCCGUCUGUCCCCCCUCCGAUUGUGCCUAGCGAUGACCACCCAGCAGAUUGUUCUCCAGGGCCCAGGACCCUGGGGUUUCCGCCUCGUGGGCGGCAAGGACUUCGAGCAACCUCUCGCCAUUUCCCGGGUCACUCCCGGAAGCAAGGCUGCUGUAGCUAAUUUAUGUAUUGGCGAUUUAAUCACAGCCAUUGAUGGGGAAGAUACCAGCAGUAUGACACACUUGGAAGCCCAGAACAAAAUCAAGGGCUGCACAGACAACAUGACGCUCACAGUAUCCAGGUCUGAACAGAAAAUUUGGUCUCCUCUAGUGAGCGAGGAAGGGAAACGUCAUCCGUACAAGAUGAAUUUAGCGUCGGAGCCCCAAGAAGUCCUGCACAUAGGAAGUGCCCACAACCGAAGCGCCAUGCCAUUUACUGCCUCACCUGCUCCCAGCACCGCCUCCCGGGUCAUCAUGAACCAGUACAACAACCCAACUGGCCUCUACUCUCCUGAGAACAUCUCUAACUUCAACAAUGCUGUGGAGUCGAAGACCACAGUCAGUGGGGAGGAGGCGAACAGCAGGCCCUUGGAUCAGCCUCAUCCUUCCGGCAGCCUCGUCAUUGACAGGGAAUCUGAAGUUUACAAGAUGCUCCAGGAGAAGCAAGAGUUAAAUGAGCCCCCGAAACAGUCCACCUCCUUCCUGCUUCUGCAGGAGAUCCUGGAGUCAGACGGGAAAGGGGAUCCCAACAAGCCCUCAGGAUUUAGAAGUGUUAAAGCUCCAGUCACCAAAGUGGCUGCGUCAGUUGGAAAUGCUCAGAAGCUGCCCAUGUGUGACAAAUGUGGCACUGGCAUUGUUGGCAUGUUUGUGAAGCUGAGGGACCAUCAUCGCCACCCUGAAUGUUAUGUGUGCACCGACUGUGGCACCAACCUGAAACAGAAGGGCCAUUUCUUUGUAGAAGAUCAGAUUUACUGUGAAAAGCACGCCCGAGAACGGGUCACACCACCCGAGGGCUAUGAUGUGGUCACUGUGUUCCCCAAGUGAUUGAGAGGACCACCCUGCCUGCUGCCCUCCAGCCAGCCUGCUGUACCUGGUUCUAGGAAUG